AUGCCUGCAGAGAAUGAGAAAAUCUCUCAAGAGGAGACAGUGGUAGAAGAGGUGGUGGAAGAAGAAGAACCAAUGGAAGAGGUGCCGCCUCCCAAGGCAAGUACCGUGAUACCUGCACCCCCUGCUGAGGUUAAGAUCCCAUUUCCACAGCGCGUGCAGAAGAAGAAACUAGAUGAUCACUUCUCUAGGUUUCUUGACAUAUUUAGAAAAGUGAACAUCAACAUCCCGUUGGUAGAGGCGUUACAGCAAAUGCCUACAUAUGCAAAAUUUCUAAAAGAUGUGCUCUCCAAGAAGAAGAAGUGGACUGACUAUGAGACGGUGAACAUAUCUGAAAACUGUAGUGCCAUAAUUCAGAAAAAGCUACCGGCCAAGCUUAAAGAUCCUGGGAGUUUCAACGUCUCAUGCGUCAUUGGAAAUGACAGACAGACAAAGGCACUUUGUGAUCUGGGGGCGAGUAUAAAUUUGAUGCCAUUAUCGUUUUUCAGAAAGAUGAAGAUCGGCACUCUCAAGCCGACAACAAUCACGCUACAGAUGGCAGAUAGAACCGUCAUCUAUCCCAAAGGAAUUGUUGAGGACGUUCUUGUGAUGGUACACGACUUCAUAUUCCCCGUCGAUUUUGUAGUGUUGGAUAUGGAAGAAGACGUGAAUGUACCGCUUAUCCUAGGGCGCCCAUUCCUUGCAACGGGAAAAGCAUUGAUAGAUGUAGCAAAGGGAGAGCUCACUCUUCAUAUGGGCAACAAACGUCACAUCCUAUCUAUCUACAAUGCUAUGAAGAGUCGUGAGGAAGAAAAACUUGUUAUGAAGAAGGAGUGCAAAGCUGUGCACGUUGUAGAGGUCCAAAAGGCAUAA